CCUUGUGUUUAAGUACUCAUUGAACCAAAGCUCUUUGGAUAGGACAUCUAGUGGGAUGGCAGACCAAAUUGUAGCUCCAGGUGAAGAGAUCAAACCUAAGAUAAGACUGGCAGAAGCAAUCGCACUGGCAGAGCAUCUUUAUGGCAUUGAUGUUUGUGAAGCUAAGGAACUUGAUGGUUACGAUGACAAAAACUACCACUUAAAAGCAAAAUCCAUCACAAAUAAUAAAAACAUACCACAUAUUUCACCACAUGGGUAUGUCCUAAAGAUUAUGAACUCUUCUGAUUCCGAAAAAAUAGAUUGCGUACAAGCCCAGUGUGAAAUUAUGAUACACCUUGGAAACAAUGGAAUACAAACGCCACAACCUCAAAAAAGCACGGAUGGAAGAUUGUUCUGUAUUCAAGACCUGCCUCAAAAUAAUAAAGAUAACAAACCAUCAAAGAAGCACGCUGUUAGACUUUUAACGUUUGUGGAUGGAAAGAUGUUGAAGGAUUUACCAUGGACUUUAAAAUUCCACUUUGAUGUUGGGGUGUACACGGCAAGACUGGACUUGGUGCUCCAGAAUUUCUCUCAUCCAGCUUAUAAACAGUACUCUUCAUUGUGGAUGCUGAAGAACAUGCCGACAAUCGAGGACUAUUUAUUUGUUUUUAAAGAAACCGACAAAAGGAUUGAAAUGGUCAAAGAGGUUGUGCAGAGUUUCAAAGACCAAGUCUUAAAAAACUUAGGUUCACUAAAAUCAGGGAUGAUCCACGGAGAUAUCCACGACCAGAACCUACUGUGCCAGCUGAUUGAUGGAGAAUGGAGCAUCAACGCUGUGCUAGACUUCGGCGACUCACACUACUCCGCCUACGUGAUAGAACUGGCGUUGGCCACAGCCUACAUGAUACUGCAGAGUGGUCUGGUGGAGUCAGGAACACACGUUAUCGCUGGCUACUGUUCCAUACUUCCUCUGCCACUUGAUGAGCUCAAAUUGCUCAAGGUGUGUGUGUGCGCCAGGCUUUGUCAAAGCUUGGUCCUUGGUCUUUACACUCACUCCUUAUAUCCUUCCAAUGAAUAUGUCCUCACCACCCAAGCAGGAGGGUGGCAACUGCUCACACAGAUUUGGACUAUGGACGGAGCCGCUCUGGAAAAACAGUGGUUUGCACAACUGCCACGGGAAUACAAAAUCACGUAAACAAUGUUUCAGCGAAAUGUAUGUAGUUUACUGGCUCUGAUAAUAGGGUGGUUACAGGACCAGGAGAAUGUCCUGUAAUGUGUGGAAUGGAGUUAUUGGAUAAUACAGUAAAUACCCUCGCCGCAGCAAACCUGCAGGCUAGCAAAUUUCAAUAAGUCUAAUUGGAUUUUUACUGCAAUAUUUCAAUACAAGUAAUAUUUAUUCCUAAUUUUAAAAUCAUUAGAUUUAAUAAGUAUUUAGGUUUGCUGCUACGGGA